UCUUGAACGACCACGUGAGCAGCUCAAUAGCCUAUCACGGAGCGUUUGUGUUACUCUGGCGCCUUAGCCCCGCCCCUUCAAUGGACAAAGCCAAUGGCGUGUUAGGAAAGGACGGCAAUAGAGUGGGCUAGUGGAAAUGGAGUCUCGUCUGAAGGUUCUCCGAUUAUUUAAAGUCCUUCACAGAACAAGACAGGACGUGUUCAAAGACGAUAUUAGAGCUCUGACGGCUGCUAGGAAUAAAAUAAACGAGGAAUUUAGGAAAAAUAUGCAGGAAACAUCAGCCGAAAACAUAAACCAGAUGAUUAAAUUUGGGUCAGAUGUCGAGGUUGUUCUUCGUGAAACCGUAAUACAAGGAGUUCAUGUGGAACACAAUAAAAUAUUACUCCGUCCGAGGGAGAGUCUGCUUUUGGAGAAUGUACCGUACUGUGAUACCCCAAGAAAGAAGGCGUGAUUCAAAGGGACUCGAAUAGAUAUAAAUAACCUGAGAUCAUUUUGUAAGAUAUUUCUGCUUGUCAUUCCUAGCCACGAGUUUUCAGUAUGUGUACUGUUGUGAAAAUGUAAUGAUAUUUAUGCUUCUAAAAAGAAAAUGUCAUAUCGUCUACGAACUCGGGAACUACUGUAAAUAUACACUUAAAACCGAAAACGAACGAAAUAUAUUAAAUAUGUGAAAUGUAAUUGUUGAUGAUACAUUUGACUGAAUUGUAAUAUAAACGAUUGUAUAAAAGAAAGCAUUUUCCGGUUGAAUUUAAUCAUGAGCCCAAUAAAAUAAAUUGGUGAUUGAUCA